AGGUCAUACUUCUGUGGUUUUUGAAAUAUAUUCAAUGUAUGAAUAGUACAUCACUUAAAUAUGACUUCAGGUCCCAGCUUCCCAGGGUUUAGCAUGUUUGUUUUAUAGACUGCCACAACAUAUCUGACCCCUUCAUUCUCAUUCAUUCUCUGUUUACCCUCUGUGAUGUUCAUAAUGGCCGUUGAAAUAAUUACAGCUGUUUGUGGCUGAACUGGAUCAAGUGUGUGUGUGUCUAUGAUGUGUGUGUGUACAAUCUCCAUCCAAGCCUUCACUCAGUCCAGACUAUGUCACAGGAAGCACAGGAAGACGGCGAUUGUUCUGAAAAUUAGAAGCCUAUGACAUCAUUGCUAAGAGCAGUGGCCACAUUCACAGUUGAAACACCCAUAGAAAACUGGCCGCAUAUGUUUACACAACAAACACCCAGGUCAGGCUACAUGAACGCAUCCACGGUUACAAGGUCACUCAGUGCUAUUGUUUUGGUUUGCCUUGAAACAUGUUUCCAGUUCAAACACCUAGAAAAACGUCACUGACCUAUAGAUUUAAUAUGGAGAUCAGAGACAAAUCAUUCUGUUCCUCACUUUCUUUCUCUUCCUCUAUCACUAAGAAUGAAUCAAGCCGCUUGUCGUGUUAUUUACAGUGGUGUGCACGUGUAGUGGGUGUUGGUCUGAGCAGAGUGGGGUGUUACAGAUUGUGUGUGUGUAAUGUCUUUGUGUUCAGGGUAAUGUGUGUGUAAUGUGGACUGAGAAGGCUGGGAGAGGACGAUGCCAGGAGAGGCUGAGAGCUUCAGGCCAGGAUGUAUGCAUUGUGACUAGAUGAGACAGCAGGAAAGCUGCCUGGGUUCUGGAGGAAGUGGGUGUGCGUGAUGGCGAUGAUGGGAUCCAGAGCUGACAGCUGACGCUGUAGUAUAAUGAGAGAAGAUGGAACACACAGACACGCCCGUCACCCAGAGUAAUAACCCCAAUGGGUUUGUCAACAAGGUCUUCAAUGUGUCUCUGGAUGUGGACAAUAAGACUGGUACCGUAUCCAUCCUGGACACUGGGAAGGGAGAAGGUCAAGGGCCCACACAUAUCCAGGGGCCUGAGGAUGGGCAACCAGAGGCCCACGGUCCCCCUCAGACCCCCGGGAAGGAGCGCCAUGAGGUGUACCGUCGACACAGAGCUACAGGGGGCAUCUGGAAGAUCCUGACUCGACGAAGAAACGGCUCAGAGCUGGAAAACAGACGACCUCACUCCAUGAUCCUCCCUGGAGAGGCCGCCUCCAUCCCUAAGCUGUCCUUCGCUGACAAGGUCCGCUCUUUCAAGAAGCUCCGGUCUCCAGCCGUCUUCAAGGGGAGGAUCGGUAAGAUGUCUGGGUCCAAGUUCAAAGAAGAGGAGACGGAGGAAGACUCGUCCACCCUGCAUCCCGGCAAGGGCACGUUUCGCCAUCGCGGGAAGAGGCACUCGUAUGCCGGACACACAGCGGAUUUUGACUGCUCGUUUGACGAUAUUGACCUGACCGCUACCCUGGACAGACACCAUCUCCCUUCACUGGUAGAGCCAGUCACCCAGAACGGCUCCAAGCCCACAGAGAGGGUGGUCUCCUACACCAAGAGGUCUCAGGUCCAGGCUCAGACCAACCACUCCUCCAACUGUAACAGUACUCCCGCAGGACCCUGUGAGGAGCCGGGUGUGAGGAGCAGUCCCAAGGCCCCGCUGACCGGGAGGAGGUCGAAGGGAGCUGACGUGUGGAGCUACCUGAGGAGGAUCUCCGUUCUAGGGAAGGGAACUCCGGUGUACGCAGAGAGGAGCUUCGACUCGGAGCUUCACACGCUGGACAAGACACUGGACUCCGAUUACGGCUCGGUGGACCUCGAGAGCGUCCGGGACUUUCACGCCGCGGCUCCCAAACACACGGACAGCAAAGCCGGCCAUUUUGGGGGUCUGAUGAAGUUCUUCAGCAAUGUAGCGGAGUCAGCAAGAAAGUGGAGGACUUCCUCUCGCUCCUUCUCUCCUCCAGACGGCGGCGCGGAGCGUUCCCCGCUGGGCUCCCCGAAAUCAGGUCAACGCCUGGGGAAUUACGUCCACAGCGUGUCCCUCACCCUCCGCAGCGAGGACCUCCCGGAGUGUCCCCCCACUCCGGCCUCACCCGUGUCCUCUCACCCCACUCGCGCCGCUGCCUGUGACCCUGUCUCACUCCCCCUGAUAGGAAGGCAGUCGCCUCAGGUUGUUCUGAAGUCAUGGAGGGUGAGUCCAGACUCCUCCAGCGUUAACGGCCUGCCAUGUGUGACCUCGGAGGAGACGACCAGACGGAUGGACAGACAGCCAGAGGAACGGGUGUGGCACACCUCAGUAGCCACAGUCGAAAAUCAUGUGUUACACUCAGGACGGGAGAGACAAACUCAGAGAAAGGGAGAUACAGAGGAAGACAAUUCCGAAUGUCUGUCUGCUGGGGAGAAGACAAUAAGAGAGGGAGAAGAGGGACACUCAGGAAAUUAUGUGGAUUCCAGGGAUGCUCUUCCUGCCUCGCUUCACACACCACUUUCAAACGGCCAAACAGGAGUAGGGGAAGGAGAUACGGUAGCCAAUAGAGAGCCAGCAGCAAACUGUCACCAGGAAGUGUUUAAGGGAGCUCUAUCAGGCAGCGGUUUGAGGAGACCGAGGCCAGUCCAGUCCUGUUCUAAUCCAGUGAAGACCCCUUCAAAUCCCCCCCGUCCCCGUCCCCGCCCCGCCUCGGCCCUCGUGGACCUCCGUAGCCCAAUUCCAGAGGACUCUGUGUCCGCCGAUACCCAGGAGACCCAGUGGGGCUCCGUGUGCCGGCGCAUGCGCUGGCCCGGCACCGUGACGCAACUCUCUCCGACGCAGAGACAUGCAGGCCGUCCGGCCAGGCCCCGCUCUGUCAUAGAGCCUUCCACUACCGUGGAGACACACCCUGCACAGACUCACAGAGCCCUGUCUCGCCCCCUGGGGGUGUCGCCUUUAGAGCCCCCCCUCAGAGUGUCUCUUCAGCGGUGUCAAUCGCUCCCUCUACCGCCGUGCACCCCCACUGCCCUGGCUCUGUUCCGGACACACACAGGUAUCCCCCAGUCCGUGUGUCUCCGUGAUGGAGGGUCUGGUAGCUGCAGGAAGAGGCUGCUCAGACCCGGUUCUGGACCUGUGCAAGUUAACAUGUUGAUAAGCGGUGGAUCCAUCGUCAGCGCUGAGGCAGUAUGGGACCAUGUGACCAUGGCCGACCGGGAGUUGGCGUUUAAGGCGGGUGAUGUCAUCAAGGUGCUGGACGCGUCUAAUAAAGACUGGUGGUGGGGCCAGAUCGACGAGGAGGAGGGGUGGUUCCCCGCUAGCUUCGUACGGGUCGAACCCCACCCUCCUCAACCCCAAACAAAACAGGUUUUCUAUAUCAACCCCAUAGCAACUCCUCGGUUCCAAAACGCCACGUCUAAGGAGUGUGUGUGUUGGUCUCCUCAGCUCUGGGUGAACCAGGAGGAUGGAGGGGUGGAGACGGCCGAGGGGACCAGUGAGGUGGCCAAUGGACACCUGGAUCCCACCAACGACUGCCUGUGUCUGGGCUCGCCGCUUCAGAACCGCGACCAGAUGAGAGCUAACGUCAUCAACGAGAUCAUGAGCACGGAGAGACACUACAUCAAACACCUCAAGGACAUCUGCGAGGGCUACCUGCGUCAGUGUAGGAAGAGAGUAGACAUGUUCAAUGAUGACCAGCUGAGGGUGAUCUUCGGGAACAUAGAAGACAUCUACCGAUUCCAAAUGGGCUUUGUCAGAGACUUGGAGAAGCAGUACAACAACGAGGAGCCACACCUGUCUGAGAUAGGGCCCUGCUUUCUAGAACAUCAAGAUGGCUUCUGGAUCUACUCGGAGUACUGCAACAAUCACCUGGAUGCAUGUAUGGAGCUCUCCAAGCUGAUGAGAGAUGGGAGGUACCAGCACUUCUUUGAGGCCUGCCGUCUACUGCAGCAGAUGAUUGACAUCGCUAUCGAUGGUUUCCUGCUUACGCCCGUCCAAAAGAUCUGCAAAUACCCUCUUCAGCUGGCCGAGCUGCUGAAAUACACAGCACAGGAGCACAGUGACUAUCGCUAUGUGGCAGCAGCGCUAGCGGUGAUGCGUAACGUCACUCAACAGAUCAAUGAGCGGAAAAGGAGGCUGGAGAACAUCGACAAAAUUGCUCAAUGGCAAGCCUCUGUCCUGGACUGGGAGGGUGAUGACAUCCUGGACAGGAGCUCAGAGUUGAUCUAUACAGGAGAGAUGUCCUGGAUCUACCAGCCCUAUGGACGCAGUCAGCAACGUGUCUUCUUCCUCUUCGAUCACCAGCUUGUUCUCUGUAAGAAGGACCUCAUCCGUAGGGACAUCUUAUACUACAAGGGUCGAAUCGACAUGGAUCGCUACGAUGUGCGGGACGCCAUCGACGGUCGUGACGAUGACUUCAACGUGAGUGUGAAGAACGCCUUCAAACUGCACAACAAAGACAGCGAGGAGCUCCACAUCUUCCUGUCCAAGAAAUUGGAGGAGAAGAUACGAUGGCUCCGGGCUUUCCACGAGGAGAGGAAGAUGGUGCAGGAGGAUGAGAAAAUCGGGUUUGAGAUCUCUGAGUACCAGAAGCGCCAGGCAGCCUUGACCGUGAGGAAGGUAGCUAAACAGAAAGUUAUGGAGGAGAAAGAGGCCCUGGAGAUCUAUUGCCGGAAAAUGGUAACACAAGUCAACAAUCAGCUGAAUGCAGAAAUUGGAGGGAAGACAAGAGAAGAGAGGGGGAAAGAGGAGAGAAAGCAGCCUUCAUGGGAAGGGGAGGAGAGUUGUUUGCAGAGUGAGGCCUACUGCAGGAGGAUGAUCAGACAAGUCUGCAGAAAACAGAACCCAGAGACUACAAAAGAAAUGCACAGAUGGAAAAAAGAUCAGUCCAAGAGAAAGCAAGAGAAAGAACCCACAGGAUCUGGGAAGAGGAUCUCGUCCCACCCAGUCCCUCCACAGCUUAUAUCCGUCCUGAAACUCAAGUCUUUUACAAAGGAGAUGACACGGGCUGUAAACACAGAGCUGCAUGACCCAACAGUGUGUCAUGGAUGUAUACAGCAGCAGGCAGCCCUAUCCUUGGACACCUUCAUCAGGAGUAAGACCACUCAAUUAGAUGCGACCACACUGGAGGAAAGACUGCAGACACUCCUCUGCAACAGGGAUGCAAUAUGUCUGUUGGGGGAGUUGCUGAGGGGUCUCCCUAAGCCCUCUGAUGCACCCAGCAGGAUGUGGGAACUACUGCAGGCCAGGGAAAGGAGCAGACAGCCAUCUGGAGUUACCUUGGCAACAGAACAGAGAUCUCGAAAUAGGGCUCACACACUCCGCCCAUUCAAUGGUUUAGGAGAAUUAACCAGCCACUUGUUUUCCUCAUAGACAUGUCAACCAACGGUGCUGAUUAUUGAGCAAAUAGAUUAAAAAAAAAAACAUUAAAUCAGAAGUUUCUUUUUUCUUUUGUUAUUGAUAUUUCUCAGGAGAAAUAUAAUAUAAGGAUAUGAAAUAUUGUUUUUUCAUAUGGCUAAGCAAUAACUGAUUAGAAACACUUGAUUAGAAACCAGUGAGGUUGUUGUAAUGUAUAUUUAAAAAAAUAAUGGUUGUUUUACUUCCUGAACCAGAAUCUCAGAAAGAGGAAACAGCGUAAGUCCUGUCCCCUGAUUAGACACUGUUGUUCUGGGGUUACCCUGACAAUGGUACAGCAUCUUAUCGUUAUGAUGGAGAAGUGACUGUGUAUUGCAGCCUGUGGUUUACAACAAAUUCAGUUGAUUAGUAUUAUUAAUGACAUAAAAUGCAAGUAUUAAAUGUAAAAAUAAGUUUCUACUGCUGCUAAACAUUUCCACCAAAAAUAUAUACACUGUAUAUGUUUAAGAUGUUUCUAACUGCUGUGAAUGAUUGAAAGUCUAUGGCAACGCUUACCUUUGCCAUCACAGUGGAAAGGAAUUAUUGUGGAAACCCUGUUAACGGGUGUGGAAUUAGUGGGGGACGUUGGUGCUCAUGACUUCAUUUGUGAUACAAAUGUAAAUGGCAAGUUUAAAAUGGUUCAAACAUUUCUGUAAAUCCACCAUGGAAAAC